AUGGAAGACGAGUGGGAAGAAGAAGAACAGCUAGUUGUGGUCGAACUAUCGGGAAUAAUCAACCCGGAGUUUCUCACCAACAGUAAAGAAACGUGCAAAAUCGUGGGUAUAGACACCAACCAGCCAAUACUUCAAGUGGGUCCCGCCGUGUUCGCGGGCGAAUAUGAAGAUGCUUUAGGCACCUGUGUGAUAUUUGAGGAGACAGCGAAAGACAAAAAAGAUGCAGACGCCUGUCCAUCUCUCAAAUAUAAAUGUCACACAUCCAAGAAACUGAUGAUGCAACGGACUUUUCUCAGCGAACGGAAAGAAGGCGAACCCAGCACGGGAGGUAUUGAGAUACUGGCACUGAAUGAACAAGAGGGGUACGGGAGGUCCCGUGUAGUUUGCAAAUACACCGAUGAUAAAAAGAAAGAAAAGGACUUCGACCCGAAAGACAGCGAGUGUCUGGUGGGUAGCGAUGAAUCAGAUGGGGACGCAUCUGCGAUGUAAUGAAGAUCCUGGAUUGAUUUUUCUUGCUAACAGCACAAGAGAUGUUACAGGAACAACGGGACACUCUAACCCUCUGGAACUGCAGACAACAGAAAUGGAAUCGAGGGAGUGUGAUACAGACCAUCGAUCUGGCCUCUAUUUGACUCCAUAAAACGCUGUUUAUAGCGGCAUUGACUUUG